CUGCACAUUUUUGUCCAUAUGGCCUCCCGUUUCGUGGCAUCUCACAGAUGUGUACAUGCCGGUUCUUCUGCCUCGAGCGCUCCUCCUCCUCCUCGUUUGAUCGUGUGACGGUGCCGCCCCAGUGGAUCGUGGCGACGACAUUGAGCGUCGCCGACGAGGAUGGCGGAGCCCCGUCGACGAGCUACAGGCGAUGCAGCCCCUCUUUACGAUGCUUUUGAUGGUCUUUUCUCAGUUGGGAUUCAUCACAGAGGAUUUCUUUGUGGAACUGGCAGCAAGAGCACAUACAUGGAUUAUGAAGUAGCAUGGUUUGACAACUGUGAUAGUGAUACAUGGUCCAUUUUAUGGAUUGAUGAUUUUCUGCGGCAGCUAGGCCAUGACAGAGAAAGUGUGAAGCUUGAUGUUUUCUGGUGUCAGCCUGGAAAGACAUUGGUCGAUGGACUAAGAGAGUUGAAAUGUGAUGCAGACAUCCUUCCAAUGAUAGCAGCAAGCACAGAGCACAAGAACUUGUUACUGAUUGUAGAUCACGGAGAGUCACGAGAGAGUGUGCUAAGAGAUGACAUUUUUGUUAAUGGGGUUCCUGAACUUCCAAAGGUAAUUACUCCAGGAAAAGAAAGCAAGGGAAAAGAGCAAUAUAGCUGUCCGGAGGAGAGAAGUGUGCCAAAUAAGAGGAGGGCAAGGAGGUUAUGUGGGGAAGGUUCAUCCUCGAGUUGUAUUGAUGAAGAAACGGAGGAACAAGAUGGAUUAAAUGCAGCAGAUUCGGAGACAGAUGAAGAUUUCUAUGAAAGUGACUUUGACAUAAAAGAUGGGGAUGAUGAUCUAUAUGCAAAAAAUGUAGAUAACGAAGUGGAUGAUCAUAGAGAGAAAGACACGACAUGUGACUAUGAAGCAAAGUUUGCAGAGGAUGCUAUAGAUGAUUCCCACUUAGACUUGUCCACGGAACAGACGGAGAAGUUGAAGUACCACUUCAAGGGAUUUAAUCCAGAAACUGAUUUGAAUAACCCUGUUUUUAGACUUGGUCAGGUUUUUGGUAAUGUGCAGGAGCUGAGACAUGCUAUUUCAUCUUAUAGCAUCAGAAACAGAGUUCAAGUGAAGAAGACAAGGAACACAUCCACAAAAGUUGUGGCUGUCUAUAGUGGUGAUUGUCUAUGGUAUCUCAUGGGAAGCAAGGAUAACAGAACAUCCAGUUUUGUUAUAAAAAAGUACUGUGAUGAGCACACUUGUACUAAAUCCUGGAAGCUCAAGGGGUUGACAGCUCCUUUCCUAACCAGGAAAUUUAGAGAUGAGUUCAGGGACAACGAGAAGAUGCCCUUGAAGAAAUUUUCGGAGAAAGUUCAAAUAGAGUACAACCUCAUACCAACCAGGAGCAAAUUGGGAAGAGCCAGAAGAGCAUCAGUGAAGGAGAUAAGGGGGGAGGAUGAUGAUCAGUAUAAUCAGUUGUGGGAUUAUGGUGAGGAGUUAAGGAAAAGCAAUCCUGGUAGCAAGUUUUUCUUAUGCACAAAGGAGAUAGUAGAUGAGAAGACAAAAGAGAUAAAAGAGCACUUCUCCACAUUGUAUUGGUCUUUGGAUGCAUGCAAGAGAGGAUGGGUAAAUGGGUGCAGGCCAAUAAUUUUUAUUGAUGGAUGUCACAUAAACACUAGAUACAAAGGAAAUUUACUGAUAGCUGUUGGUAUUGACCCAAAUGACUGUAUCUACCCCAUAGCAUUCGGCCUUGUGGAAGUGGAGUCAACUAGCAGCUGGGAGUGGUUUAUGGCAAGCCUAAAGGAUGACCUCAACAUAUGUAACACAUCUCCAUACACAAUUAUGAGUGACAAACAAAAGGGCCUCAUAAAAGCAGUGGCAAAGGUAUGGCCUGAUGCUGAACACAGAUUUUAUGUGAGACAUAUGUAUCAGAAUUUCCACAAGCUCCACAAAGGUGAACAACUGAAGAACAAUUUGUGGGCAAUUGCUAGGGCUACAAACAACCCUGCAUACAGAAAAGCAAUGCAAAAGAUGGAACAAGACAGCAUUGAUGCAUACAAAUGGGUUGAGAAAUGGCCACCAAGAACUUGGAUUAAAGCAUUUUUUAACCCAUUUCCAAAGUGUGACAUUCUACUCAAUAACAUGUCUGAAGUUUUCAAUAGUUGGAUCUUGGAAUCUAGAGAACUACCCAUUAAGUCUAUGUUGGACAGCAUCACUGACAAGACCACAAGCAGAAUGUACAACAAGAAAAAGGAGGUGUCCAAUGAUAGAAAAUGGGGUAAAAAAUUGUGCCCAAAAAUACAAAAGAAGCUUGACAAGUUUACUGAAUGGGCUGCUUUCUGCAUGGUCCAAGGGGCUGGUCAGAAGGUUUUCAAGGUGUUGUCAAUGAACCAUUCCUAUAUAGUUGAUUUGAACUCCGAGAGUUGUGACUACGGAAGAUGGGAGCUGUCUGGGAUUCCAUGUCAUCAUGCCAUCGCUUGUGCUAGAGAGGAGAGGAUAGAUCCUGAAAGCCUGGUGCAUGAAUGCUACUUAGUAGAAACUUACAAAAAAGCUUAUGGUUUCAACAUCAAGCCCAUGAGGGACCAAGAGCAUUGGACAAAGAUGGAAGGAGUGGAGGUGUACCCACCUGUGUACACCAAGGUCAUGGGUAGACCAAGGAGAAAUAGAAAGAAAGAUCCAGAAGAGAAGCUUGACAAGGAAGGUGGGAAGAAACUGACUAAACAUGGUGUAACUAUGCACUGCUUUAUCUGUGGAGCAGGAAAUCACAACAAGAAAGGUCACAAGAAAUGGGAAGAAACCAACAGAGAGGCACCACUAGCAGAAGAUGAUGAUUUAGAAGAGGAGUUUGAUGAUCCAUCCAUAAUUUCAAACAUCGUGGCACACACAGUUCAUCCAUCAAUGGAUCCAACCCAAACACCAGGAUCAAUGGUUUUUCUCAUGCAACAAAUGGAGAGGAUGUCAUAUCAACCAGUCAUGGACCAUGGACCUCUUCCCGAAUCUUCAUUUGUUGCACAAGCCAGAGCUAGCAUUCCUGCACCUAGAGUGACAACUACUAUGGCAACUGGAAGAGUGAGAAGGAGGGGUGUUACUGAAGAUAUACCAGAGGAUGUGCCUCAGUCCAGCCAGCAAACAAGUGAUAAUGUAAGAGGUAGGAAGAGGCAGGCUACAGGAGGUGGUGGUAGAGGAAAUGCUGUAGGAGAUGGGAGAGGAAAUGCUACAAGAGGUGGGAGAGGAAAUGCUACAGGAAGAGGAAGUAGAAGGACAGGAGGAGUAAGUGCAAGAGGAAGAGGCGCAAGAGGGAAUGAUGGAAGGGGAGGAGGUGCAAAUGCCAAUGGAGGAGGGACUGGAUUAGGGGUUGGAUUAUGGAACUUGAUGUUUGGAGCUGAUGCCGAUAGGUCCCGUGUGGCAGCAGAGGAAGAGCCAAUCACACAAAAUGCACCAGAAGGCAAUGAGUGGGAUGAUGACUUCCUCUACAUGUAGAUGUGAAAACUGAUGCACAAGUUUAUGACUGAACUUUAUGGAAUGCAACUAUGUUCACCAAUGAACUUGAUCUAUUUCUUUAGGGCCUCUUUACAUGUAAUGAACAUGUCAGUUUACAUGUAAUGAACAUGUACUGCACUGAAGAAUGUUGGCAUGCAGCACUUUCAGUAUGUU